AUGACUGUUGCUGAAGCUGGCAGUUCACCGUAUCCGUUUUGGAUCAACAAACAGUUGGUAGAGACUGUGAUGAAUAAUGGCAACGACGGAUGUGAGCUGACGGUGGAAAACUUUGAAUGUGAUUCUGCCUGCAAGGAGGGCAUGAGCUACACAAGCAACAUCUUCAGAAUUGUCGCGACUGUCAGUCGAGGAGAGUCCGCCACCUGUGAAAAGAGGAGCCUCAUUCUGAAGUGCCUGCAGGAAAACUGGGAGAGAGAAGACCUGCUGAAGGACAGCAACUUGACUCAGAUAGAGACGAUGAUGCUGGAUGAGGUGAUGCCAGAAGUGCACAGGCUGCUGAAGCGUGUGGAGGGCGAGGCGUUCCGGCCUGUGGCACCGCUCUGCUACUUGACAGGUAGAAGCCCCGUCCCGUUCCUCGCCAUAGAGGACCUCUCGCCGGCCGGCUUCAGGACGGCGGAUCCUGCGCGCCCCUUAGACUACCAGCACUGUGCAGCAGUCGUGCGCACCUACGCCCGCCUGCAUGCCGCUUCAGCGAGGAUCCUCAAAGACCGGCCCCACUACAAAACGGUCUUUGACCCAAAGAAUACAGUGACAGAACAGUUGCACCAGCACAUCGGGGAGCUGGCUCACAAAAUAUUCAAAGCCUGCAGCUUAGAGCUCACAAGGGGCGAAAUAAGACUGCCAGUUAUUCUACAUGGCGACUGCUGGAAGAAUAAUUUUAUGUUUACAUACGUGGAUGAAAAUAUUAAAGAUGUUAGACUUAUAGAUUUUCAGGUCAGCAAAGUGCACAGCGGAGCUGCGGACCUGCUGUACUUCCUGUACACGAACGCCAGCGAGGAGGUGCACCGCGACCACCUGGACACGCUCCUGGCCGACUACCGGGGCACACUGGUGGAGCUCCUGCGUCGCCUUGGCGUGGCGGCCGAGGCGGACUGCUACACCUUGCAAGCGCUCGCUGAGGACAUGCAGGCGGGUGGCACCACGGCCGUCUGGUACAGCGCGUUCAGCUGCAUGUCCAUCACGUCGCAUAAGUACGGCGCAGAGUUCGAGAAGCUUUUCCACAACACCAGCUACUCGGGGUCUGUCCUGAAAGACGCUUUAAGGAACCCCUAUUCUAUUUCCUACUUGAAAUACCUGGCACCAAUAUUCGACAAAAAGAGUCUCUUUUAA